AGAGUGUAUUUUAAAGUUUUAUUUUAUUAUUAAUGUGAGAAGGAAGAGCUGAGCUUCCUGGGGCAGUAGAAGAAAGGGGAACAGAAACACUUUAACACCCAUUUCUAAUUUUCCACUAACAUCUUCCUGUAGUGCCCACUGCUGCAACACAAAAAAUCAGUUUUGUUUCUGUUUCCCAAAGCCGUAUUACAGUUAAAGAAUAAUUAUAGCGCUGUAGUCUCGUGGAAGUGCACUUUUUGAGCAAUAAAGGUGAACAGUCAGUCUCCUCCCCCCGUGUGACGCAGUUUGCAGCAGUUUGCGUCACUUCCUUGUUCUGCUGUCAGGUAGGCAGUGUGGGAAACUAACUUAGUACUUCAUAAUACGCGGUCUUGUAUUAUGAUGGUCACCCGCUUUUAUUUUUACUGAAGCCUGCCGACUUUGAAAACUUUACAACAUGGCUUGUGUCGACUCAAAAGUUGACUUGUGGACAAUUCCUCUUAUUGCACUCAAUAUGAGUGUGAGGAAAAAGUUGGGACAGUACCUGAACCCCAGGACCACCGUGGCCGCGGACUGGAUGACGUUGGCAGAGGCCAUGGGCUUCACUUACCUGGAGAUAAGGAACUUUGAGGCGUCAAAAAGACCGACCCAAACGGUCCUGGAGGACUGGCAGGCUCGAUCCUCGGAUGCGACGGUGGGGAAGCUGCUGUCCAUCCUGUCGGAGGAGCCAGUGGAACGAAAAGACAUUGUGGAGGACCUUCGUCCUUUGAUAGAUGAGGAUGUCAGGAAGUAUUGUGAGAUGCUGAAGAAGAAGGCUGAGCCUCCAGUGCAGGUCCCCGAGGUGGACAGCUGUUACCCUCGCACCGAAGAGAAGCUUGGUAUCACCCUGCGGGACGACCCCGAGGGUGCUCCGGAGCUGUUUGAUGCCUUCAUCUGUUACUGCGAGAGGGACUUCAGCUUUGUCUCUGAAAUGAUCCGCGAGCUGGAACAGACGGAGUACAGGCUGAAGCUGUGUGUGUUUGACAGAGAUGUCCUCCCUGGCUCCUGUAUAUGGACCAUCACCAGUGAACUCAUUGAAAAGCGGUGUAAGAGGAUGGUGGUGGUGAUUUCUGAUGAAUACCUCGCCAGUGAUGCCUGUGAUUUUCAGACCAAGUUUGCUCUCAGUCUCUCUCCCGGAGCUCGAAAUAAACGCCUUAUUCCAGUGAUAUAUAAACCAAUGAAAAAGCCAUUCCCCAGCAUCUUGCGCUUCCUCACCAUAUGUGACUACACCCGGCCCUGCACACAAGCCUGGUUCUGGACACGACUGGCCAAAGCUCUGUCACUACCAUAAUCAUGCGGUUAAUUGUGUAUAAAUGUUGCUUUUUAUUCCAUCAAAGGGUCAGUUGGAAAAUUACCAAAUAUCACAUGUUAAAGUAUGUGCUGUUGCUUGUGAUCCACAUCCUGCUGGCUUGUGAACAUGCUUGUAAUUUACUCUGUGUAUACAGUUUAUAUUGUAGUGCUUUUUCCUACGAAGGAACCAGUGAUUUCUGUAUAUUUUCAUUAUAACACUUAAACUGCACAAGGAUACCAAAUAUCAGUAAAGUUUGCACUGCACACAGCCAUUAUUAUAUUUCAAGAGCAACACAUGUCUUGCCUGCCACUGUUUUGUAUAUAUAUAUAUAUUUGUGAGGAGAAUGUGUUUUUUAUUUGGUGCUGCAUGUACUGAAGGCUCUGUGGGUUUUUUUUAACUGGCCACUUCCUCUCAUGAGUCAACUUCUCGAAGAGAUUGGAGGCUGAGAGGAAGAGCUAUUGUGAUUCUUCCACUUGUAAAAUUUCACUGACUUCUGACACUCUCCCUUUCUCCAUCUGUCAUCAAAGUGUCUUUACAUUUGAUUUUGUAGUUUUGAUAUGGUCUUUUUUAAGACGGUUUAAUAAAAUGAGUGUAUUCUACAUUGAAUAAAUUGUCUGAAUAUUAUUUUUUACUAAAAUAAUUAUAAUAAUAAUCAACAUUUGUUUUUAAGGGCAUUUGUACAGUUAUGACAGUUAAAAAUGUUCAGAAUUUCACCAGCAUGUGUCGCGA